AUGAGCGGCAAGCGCACACGAAGUUAUAGAUGCGCAGUGCACCAGAGAGAUAGAGAAGUCAGUUCGGAAAACGACUUCCAUCUUCUUUUAGAAGAUCCCACACUUUUUGCAAGGAUGGUGCACCUCGUAGCCAUGGAGGUGCUCCCGGAGGAGCGGGACCGCAAAUACUACCAGGAACGAUACACGUGCUGUCCGCCGCCCCUUUUCAUCAUCUGCGUCACAUUACUAGAGCUGGGAGUGUUCGCGUGGUACGCGUGGGGCGCGGGCGGGGUGGCGGCGGCGGCGGGCCCGGUGCCCGUGGACUCGCCGCUCGUGUACCGGCCCGACCGGCGCCGCGAGCUGUGGCGCUUCCUCACCUACAGCGUGGUGCACGCGGGCUGGCUGCACCUCGCCUUCAACCUCCUCGUGCAGUUGGCGGUGGGCCUGCCGCUGGAGAUGGUGCACGGCGCGCUGCGCUGCGGCGCCGUGUACCUGGCGGGCGUGCUGGGCGGCUCGCUGGCGGCGUCCGUGCUGGACCCCGACGUGUGCCUGGCGGGCGCGUCGGGCGGCGUGUACGCGCUGCUGGCGGCGCACCUCGCCAACGCGCUGCUCAACUUCCACGCCAUGCGCUACGGCGCCGUGAGGCUCGUGGCCGCGCUCGCGGUCGCCUCGUGCGACGUCGGCUUCGCGGUCCACGCGAGGUACACGAAGGAGGCGCCGCCGGUGUCGUACGCGGCGCACGUGGCGGGCGCGCUGGCGGGGCUCACCAUCGGGCUGCUGGUGCUGAAGCACGCGCAGGCGCGCCUGUGGGAGCGCCUGCUGUGGUGGGCGGCGCUGGGCGCGUACGCCGCCUGCACGCUGUUCGCCGUGCUGUACAACGUGUGCGGCGCGCCGGCCGCCGAGCUGCACUACCUGCCGCCCGAGCCGCCCGACGCCUUCUGA